AUGCGAGACCCUGACCUCCUUCCCCGCUAUGGCCGGUGCAGCGGAGGUGGUUCCGGGAGAACGAACGAUGAAGGCUACUCUACAGUUCUCCAGACACUCGUCCGGAGGCCCACCGUGCCCUGGAUGAACACGGACCGCUUCCCCGGUGAAAGAGAACUCGUUCAAAAGAGGACCUUCACCCGAUGGAUCAAUCUGCAUUUGGGAAAGUGCGACCCCCCGAUGGAGGUUCACGACCUUUUCCAAGAUAUCCAGGAUGGACGGAUCCUCAUGGCCCUGCUGGAGGAGCUGUCUGGCUGCAAGCUGCUUCACGGUUUCAAAAAGUCCUCCCACCGAAUCUUCCGACUGAACAACAUCGCCAAGGUGCUGUCUUUCCUCGAGGAGAGAAAUGUUAAGCUGGUCAGCAUCGAUGCUUCAGACGUUGCCGAUGGCAACUCCUCCAUCAUUCUGGGACUCAUCUGGAACAUCAUCCUCUUCUUCCAGAUUAAAGAGCUCACGGGGAACAUCAAGAGCCAGUUCCCCUCCUGCUCCAGCUUGUCGUCCAUCCCCACCAGCUCCGACUCGGACACCUCCCACUCCAGCACGCCCUCGGAGGAGAGAAGGCUCCCCUCCGUGCCCGCACGUGAUCACGGAAAGGCCAUCAAGAAACUGCUGCAGUGGGUGCAGAAGCGAACCCGCAAAUAUGGUGUGGCGGUGCAUGAUUUUGGGAAAAGCUGGACCAGCGGUUUGGCCUUCCUGGCGGUCAUUAAGUCCAUUGACACCAGCCUGGUGGACAUGAGGAGGGCCCUACUGAGGAGCAGCAGGGAGAACGUGGAGGAGGCUUUCAGGACGGCCCACUACAGCCUGGGCAUCCCACGCCUGCUGGAGCCAGAGGAUGUGACUAUCAAUCCACCAGAUGAGCAGUCCAUCAUGACCUACGUGGCCCAAUUUCUGGAGCAUUUUCCCGACACAGAGGAGCCGGAGGAGCCCCGUGUAGUGAUUGAGAGGAGCAUCUCCAUGGGUCGUCUUAGCUCCUGCGACAGUGACUCGGACCACAUAAGGAAUGGCGUCCUCUACGGCCAUCUGCGGGAGAGGCCCCACAUGGUCCACAAGAAUUGGGUCAAGCCCCCACCCAAGAUCUUAAUCUCAUCUUUGUCAGUGGACAGGGGGGUAUUCUCACCCACCUCCCCAACAGCUGGGGCUCGUUCAUGGGCAAGUGAAGACUCUUUGGAAAAGUCUCCACCAGAGGAAGAUGUAUCCACUAGUAUGGGAGGAGAUGUCCAGGGCCCUCGGAGGCAAAUCUUUACCACCCCAGCCCCUAACUCCCCUUUGUCGUCUUACGUUCACUCACCCAUUUGCUCCUCGGUGUCUGAAUCAGUGAACAGUGAGUCGGUGAAUAGUGAAUCGGUGAUCAGUGACUCGGCGAUUGGCUCUCCAGACUCCUGGAUGGAGGGCGACGUGAGGAUGACCCCAGAGAGAUUUGGUGGGAGCCGAAGCGAUAGCUCACUGUGUGACAGCGGCACAGCUUGGGACGUCAGCGGGCCCCUCACCACCCCCGAAGAGGUCACCGCAAUUGAUGAGGGUCUAAGCCCCCUGUCGGUGGGUAUACCCCUGGAUGAGCAGUCGAUUCCCAAGAUGUUUAUCGAUGAAGGCAUCUAUUCAAUGAGUUCAAUGGAGAGCACCCAGGAGAGAAUCCAAGUACAAUCUGACAAAGAGGAGGAGGACAAUAAGGCAGAGGAAGCAAAAAGUUACAUCCAGGACGUUGACCAGGAUAUGGUGUGUGAGCAUGCCUCCAAUCAGAAAGAGGUCGAGGACAAAGCAGACGGAGAUUCUGAACAAAUGGACACAAGUCAACCUCAAAGGGACCAUGUAUGUGCAGAGCAGCUGUCUUCUUUGGGACCAUCUGAUGAAAGAAACUUGAACUUCUCUGAGGAUGAUCACUCCUUGGAGUCUGAGGGAACUAACCAAUCACAGUCCAACUCCAACCAUAUACCCCUGACCUCUGACCUUUUUGAAGAACUUGAGGAAAAGAAUGAUGUCCAAAUGAGCAGUCAAAGGGAAUCGGAAUGUGCAAGGGAAGCUGCGGAGCUGAAUGGAGAGUCAAAGGACCAUGAAGGACAAUUGAAUGUGAAGAGUAGAAGUGUCAGUGGGAGAAAUGGAGUGGAAACUGCAUGUGAGGGGCAGGAGUCUCUCUCUGAGGGGAAGGUAGAAAAGAAAGGCAUUUCAAAGGAAAAGCACAGCGAGGCCAAAGAAUAUUCAGAGAGACAAGAGGAAGCAAAUAAAAGAGUUCUUAAUGGCCUCGCAGAUCCUCAAAAACAUACUGGCACAAAGAGUUAUGAUUUUGCAGCAAACACACAUUCAGAACAACAUGAGGCAGUUGACCAGUCUUUAACCAACCAGGAUGGAUCAUCUAAACCAAGUCGUGACCACAGCACGAACCACAAUUGUUCACGGGUCUCCGUGACCAGUGACCAAACAGAGGAGGCAAAGGAUAGGGCAUUUAGCCCAAAGAGAGAAAACCAGGAUGGGGAUAAAGACCUAGACCGAACAGGUACCUCUGGAAAUCAGGAGAUUGACACAGAUGUCAACAAUGAAACUCUUAAUGAAAAGAGCUGCACCUCCAUUGCAGAAGAUGGAGACAAAGCCACAGAAAGUGCCCUGUUGGGAGGACUCUUGGAAGAGAAGUUCAAGCCAAUACCCACAGAGCAAACAAGAGAGGUGGCAUAUCAGGAUUCAGUUGAUGUAAACCAACAUGAUACAGUCAGGCUCUCAGAAACGGAUUCAGCUGGGUCUGAGGCCACAAAUAAUGCGGAAAUAACCACAACUCCACAACCAUACGGCUGUCUUCAAGAUGACCAAAAUAAUGAUGUCAGAACCACAACAGAAAUCAAUAAGUUGGAUACACCUCCUCCACUUCGAGCCAUAGAUACGAAGGGUCACCCUGUUGAUUCUGACCUGAGAGACACUGAGAGAGAUGCAACUGAUCAGCUUGACUGCCACCACGUCAAAACGGGAACCCUCUUGUCGGUUGAGGAGGCCGCCAUUGCACAAUUAAACAGAUCCAAUCCGGACGACUCGUGGUCAAACUGUGAAACAGGGUCUAUGAGUUAUAGCCGGUUCAGCGACCCUUCGGACAUGGACUUGUUUCAUACAGAUGCUGACAGGAGUUCUCCCUUAGAGGAGCUUGUCAGUGAACGACUUGAACCCAUGGAUAUGUUCUAUCCUGACAAAGAGGAACUUAUGUAUACGGAGCCACCCGAAGAGGAUGUUGAGAGCCAAUGGUCUGUUUUCAGCGUGUCUGCCCUCCAACCAGCACCAGCCUCCGAACCACUGCCAGAGACACACACUCCCCAGCAGACCCACGGAAAUAGCCUUACAGAAACACACCCACCCGACGAGUUGGACAAAGAGUUAAAGUGCACAGUGCAUUUAGCAACACAAGAACAGGAGGUUGCAGAGCUCCGCCAGGAGGGUGAAACGCCAUCAGAAGCCCAGGAGCAGCCUCGGUGCGUCGGGGAGAUGAUGGGAGAAGACGGGGGCCACACAGCGAGCGAGGGGGCGAACCUCUGUGAUCUCGGCGGGACUCGGGCGGGGAGUCCGAGCUCUGCCAGGGAAAACACGAAGCCUCUGAGGAGUGAAGCUGAAAGUUCCAGAACACCUCACGAUAGCCUGAUCCCCACAGAUCUCCGUCACCGGCUGCUGGCUAAUUCCAACGAGGCCUUGGACAAUCGGCCAAACGUGUCCACCGUCGAAACACACGAUAACAACUCCGAUCCUGGGCGGAGGCAGAGCUCACUGCCGGUGACAGACCUGUACAUGCUGCUCCUGCUCUGGAUGCUGCUCUACUGUCUGUGGGUGCUUCCUCAGAUAGACCUUCGCACACUGCCCGGCCUGCUGCUGAACCUGGACCACUAAUCACACACACACACACACACACACACACACACACACACACACACACACACACACACACACACACACAACACUGGUUACGCUCACACAAACACGAGUCAGCUGCACAGCCAUACACAGAAACACAGAUACACUGGCCAGUAACAAACAAAUAUACACAUUCCUGUUGGCCCACACACAAACACACACACACAUACACACUCUCUCUCUCUGUCUUCACACACUACGGUACACACUAAUGCACUCCCACUCUGCACAGUGCACCCAUAAGCACAGAAGCAAAAGGCCACAGCCAGAGUUAAACUGCCACACCUGGUGUAUUACCCCACACUACGCUUCCAGAGGGAGGGAGGCAGGUUUUAUCAACACCACAACGCCGUGUCGAGUUGUUUGUAUGAAAAUCACAACGCCGUGUCGAGUUGUUUGUAUGAAAAUCACAACGCCGUGUCGAGUUGUUUGCUUUGGCUUUUUGACGUGGUCUCCAGUGGGUUGCUCGUGUUGUACAGACACCACAGACCUUCUCGUUUCUGCAGGGGGUGAUCGCCAAGCAGGGUAGCGGAGGAGGCCCCGAGCGGACCGUGGGGUUGUUGUGUAGCUAGGGGGCCCCGUGGAUGCAUGGCGACCUGUUUUAAAUACAGCUCGGCCCGGGGAGGAGGAGGAGGAGGCCGGGUACGGGCCGGGCCUUUGUAAAAAAAAAUCAGGUCCGGCAAUGGAAACUUGCUGCCGGUGGCGCUCGUGCUGAAGCGAGACUGCGCGAUUCCACUUCCACACAGCCUCAGUUCGUGGAUUAUUAUGACUUUUUUAUUUUUUUAUUUGUACGACGGCUCAGCAGUUUGAAUGAAGGGUGAUUUUAAAGUCUGUUGCACUUUUGGAAUACAAGAUCUAAACUGCCAAAGACGCUGUUGGAAAUACUACAACACUGCACAGCACAGCCACAAGCCCGAUAGCCAUGCAGGAUCGUUUUCAGCAGUAACUCUUGUAACUAGCACAUAGUUGUUUCAUUCUAUGGGUCAUAAAAGGUAUAUGAGUGGAUUUUCAGCUCAUUUCGUGGUUGAUUCUGACAGAUGUUUUGAGAUCCCGACAGAUGUUGGGUCGGGGACGGAGUCGGCCGCUCUAGCUGGUCCACGUCCGAAGAUGACGGGAGAGUGCUUUGCUACGACGCGUCUUACCGUCCUCUCGCCAGCCCUGUGUGUUGUCUAGCCGGACGCCGACACGUCCACCAAGCACACUGUUUCCCCACGCCGACCAACCCGCCACGCUGAGCUCACCGUAGGCCACGUGUAUGAUGGGGAGGGUCGGGUCAGAACCCGGUAUGGAAAUAGGUUGCAUGUGUAUGUAUGUACGGCACAGGAGGACAUGGCAAGUGUAUGCGUUGUGUAUCCAAAGGAGUUGAAUCGAGUGCAAGUGGACUUGGUCUGUAUCCGUGAAGACGUUUCGCCUCUCGUCCGAGAGGCUUCCUCAGUUCGUGCC